AUGGGAGCGUUCACUGAAAUGCGACACACACAACCGUCUGACUGCCCGCAAGUGUCUCAACCGCAGAGGCUGAGAGUCGACAUGGGCAUGCAAGGAUUGGGAAAUCUUGAUGACUCCAUUCCUUCUUCCACAGUUUCUGCUAACUCCACGAAGCCCCUUCUCGGGCGGCCUCUGAAUCGAUCACCCGUAAGAUUUGACAAAAAUUCGACAGCCGUCUACAUGCCUACAACCUACAAUGGAAACUCAUCGCAAGCAGAUUCAAGCGAAUCUCGAAGGAAACAUGAAAAACUGGCAGAAGUUUAUUCAAUGAGCGGUGAUACUGUUGAAUUUGCGAAGAAUCUCAGCGAUUAUAUUAACGAUCGAAUUCCAUAUCAAAUCAGCGUCUCCAUUUUGUCAUUGUUCAGUCUGCUAGCAUUUUUGCUUAUUAUAUUUGGUUUAUUAAAUCUUCCGUUCUGCAAUGUGCAGCCAAUGAUUCCGAUCUGGUUGAUUGUUGAAGGCAUUCUUUUUAUUAUUUCUGCAACUUUUCGAAUUUAUUUCCUGAUACCUGUACCUCGAAAAUCCUCUCAUCGACGAAGGCCUCGCAAAAUGGGCUCCAGUUUAUUGUGCAAAGGCAUUGAAAUGGUUUUUGCUCUUGCUAACCUCGUCUGGCUAAUUCUUGGAUGUGUGUGGGUCUACGGUAGUAACUCAUACGUGCAUUUCAACGAAGGAAUGUUUGAGAGCCAUUACUGCGAGCCAACUGUUUAUUGGGCUGCAUUUAUUGCUUGUACGACAUUUUUGAUAUUCUGGUGCGUGAUAAUAGUGGUCCUUAUCUGCCUUCUCGCAAUCGGCACAUGUGCAGAACAAGAAAACGACGAUCAGAUCCUUGAUUAA